UUUUUUAGUGUCAACAAAAAACUAAACAGUCACUUUUUUUAUUUGUUUAAACAUAUAUUUCUUUUUACUUAAAAUAUAUUAUCGAAAAUGCAUAGUUCUCAAAACGAAAGAUCUCGAGCUUUUCUAAGCAAAGUAAUGACAAAAAAAGGUCGUUCUGUCGGCGAGUCCAGGGCAUCUUUAAGAGAUCAUCAGCAAAUUCAUCAAAGAAAUUCAAAUCAAUAUGGAAAUCAAAAAUAUUCUGAAAAUUUGGAACAAGACCCUUACGAUAUUAACCCUUACGAUAUUCAACAAUUUAAAACACUUGCAGAAAGUCAUGGUGGUGGUGAUUAUAGGCAUGAACCGAUUUAUAGCAACGAAAAAGAAUACUAUGACAAUGAUUACGUUCAGCAUAAAAAAUCACAAACUGAAUUUACAAAAAAGAAAUCGGAUGAAACAUUUUCUCAAAAAAGCAGUUUUACUGAUCGCAGUGAUAGUACACGACAAACAGCUUUAAGGAAACCAACCAAAAACGGGAAACAACUAAGGGAAUUAGUUGGAUCGAAAGCAAGUCUGCAUAAGUUGAUUAAAGAUGGCAUUACUAGCGUCAGUAAUCGGAAUCUUUGUGCUUGUAAUACAGAAACCAAAUUAAACAACAACUAUCAACAGCGAAAACCAAAUACGGAGUUACUGAUGAGAUCUGAAAGUGAAGAGUGUAUUCCAUGUUCAUCGUCUAAAUCUGCUGAACGGAUCAAUGACAAAAUAAUCCAUCCAAUGGUUAAGAAAUUUCGUUUGUUGUAUUUGCAUAAUAUUAAGGAAGAAGUUGGAAUAAUGGAAGACUUGGAGUUGCUGCCAAAUAAGUUAGCUACAUUUUGCAAGGAAAUGGAAAAAGAUUUGUCAAAAAAUUCUUAGUUUAUCGGUGAAUAGGGCGAAAAAUUUUCUAAAUUCAAAAUAAAGAUUAUGUUUUUGAGGUUAAAUAAA